AAACCACUUUCCCCAGAGGAGAUACAGAUAUUCAAAGACCUAUUUGAUUCUUAUGUGACCAGCUCUUCAUCAGCAGCGCUACCCCUCUUUCGCUUUGCUGACAGUAGGCCAGGAAAUAUCACAGUGGAGGAAUUCGCACGGGUGAUGAAAGAAUCAGGCCAAAAUCCCAGCGAUGAUGAAGUGCAGCAGAUCAUCAAGGAGCUAACAUGUAUUAUAGGAUUCAUCUCCAUGAUGACAGGAGGCCGUUCGAGACACUCUGCCCCUGAACCGACCGCUCCAGCUCCAGGACCCGUCCCUACCCAGGCUGCAGCAGUGGCAGGCGACAGUGAAGCAGCCUGGAAAGAGUUCGAUCCAAGUCUAAAGAGUUCCAUUACUGCUGCGCAGUUCCGGCAGCUGAUGGCAGGCCUUGGGGAAAACGUAACCGAUGCGGAGGUCGACGAGUUGAUUGGGACGGUCGAUGCGGAGGAUAAGAUUAGCUGUAAGUUUUCUUUUCUUUUUCUUUUUCUCUGUUACAGAGGAGAGCAGACGGUGAAACAGUGCUGACUGUUGGCUUUGAAGUUAGGGAGUUCGUUCAAUUUGCCAAGAGUAAAGAAGUUGACGAUAUUGUUGAUGGGUAUGCGUGAAGAUGACGGAGUGUGGAAGCCUGGAUUCCAAGCGUAUUACACCAUUGCGUUAAGAUCAAGAAUGCAUCAUCACCAAUCGCAACAUAUGUUUCACACAAUCAGAUCUCGGAGGACUUCAGGACUCACUAGAAAAGAAAAUUACCCAACCCCCCACACUAACCACAACAAAGAAUCAUUGACAUACCUAUUAGAUAGCGAACCUGGGAAAGCCUAGUAAGAAGAAAAAG